UGUUUGUGUGAUGAUGGACGUUCUGGAGAUCUCCACACGAAACCCUCAGGAUGACUUUGAGAUUCUGCUGCGGGUCGGUGGAGGAACGUAUGGAGAAGUUUAUAAGGCUCGCAGUAAACAGAAUGGGGAAUUCGCAGCCAUUAAAAUCAUCAAAAUGGAACCUGAGGACGAUUUCUCUGUCAUCCAGCAAGAGAUCGUGAUGGUGAAGAGCUGCAAACACAGAAACAUCGUGGCCUAUCACGGCAGUUACAUCAGGUACUGCGGUGGAGGAUCUCUGCAGGACAUUUACCACGUGACCGGUCCUCUGUCAGAGCAGCAGAUCGCUUACGUCUGUCGAGAGAUGCUGCAGGGUCUUGAUUAUCUUCACGGACAGAAGAAGAUCCACAGAGACAUCAAGGGUGCAAAUAUUCUUCUGAAUGAUCAUGGAGAAGUCAAACUGGCCGACUUUGGCAUCUCGGCACAAAUCACAGCCACGUUUGCCCGUCGAAUGUCGUUCAUUGGGACGCCGUAUUGGAUGGCUCCAGAGGUGGCCGCGGUCGAGAUCAAGGGUGGAUAUAAUGAGCUGUGUGAUAUCUGGUCUGUGGGAAUCACAGCGAUUGAGCUCGCAGAACUACAGCCGCCUCUGUUCGAUGUUCAUCCUCUCAGAGUUUUGUUCCUGAUGUCCAAGAGCGGCUAUCAGCCUCCCAAACUCAAAGACAAAUCCAAAUGGUCCACCACGUUCUACAACUUUGUGAAGUCCAUGCUGGUCAGAAACCCGAAGAAGAGACCCAGCGCUAAAAAGAUGCUGACGCACUUGUUUGUGACGCAGCCGUCUUUGAGACAAGAGUUAACCCUUGAACUGCUAGACAAACUCAGACACCCUGAGAAUCUCAAAGACUUACACACGGAUGAUGAUGAUUUGGAGGUGAUUGUCCCACAAUCACUCAGAAGAAUUCACUCAAUCAACAGACACAACCGGGCCGAGAGAACGAACUCAGACAUCAGCUCGGAACAGAUUUACACACAGAGACCCGUCGCUGGCAAACGAGAGUCUCCAGAAGGAACGUUACGGUCGUCAGGAGGACAGUGGACGAGUCCUCCCAUCACUUGCAGAAGAAGGGAUGAGAGUGUGGACACGGAUGACGAUUACGACGAUGUGGAAAUACCAGCGAGUAACUCACUGCAGUUCAGCGAUGAAGUUCCUCCUCCUCUUCCUCCCAAACCGAAGCAGCGCAGCAGUUCAGAGGAGAGUAUGGCAGCAGAGGACGAUCACAGUAAAGCUCUGGGCAUCAGCGUCCCGUUACCUUUAUUCAGAACAUCCAGCGGGACACACACACGACCUCGUCCCGUCCCUCGACCCCGAUCCGUGCGCAGCGUCAACUCAGAUCCGUCUGCGUUCUCCAGCUUCCACACUGAUCCUCCAGCAGAGCUUCAGCCUCCUGAACUUCCGCCUAAGGACAGAAGACGCAGACAAGCUCCUCAGGAUCCGGUCGAGUGUGUCAGUCCAGUGGUGAAGAAACCGCCGAUUGUCUUCAGGAAGGUCUUUCACGGCUGUCCUCUGAAGCUCAGCUGCUCGAGCUCAUGGGAGCAUCCCACCACUAAAGAUCAGCACCUGAUCUUCGGGGCGGAUGAGGGGAUCUUCACACUAAACCUCAACGGUUCUGAGACCACCAUGGAGCUGCUGUUCCCGGGCAAGUGUGUGUGGCUCUACACCAUCGGUGGUGUCUUAAUGUCCGUCUCAGGGAAGUCGUCGCAGCUGCACUCGCACUCGCUGAAGGAGCUGUAUGAACAGACGCGCAGAGAGCAUCGCAUCGUUGCCCUGCCGACACACAGACUGUUGCCACGGAAGUUUGCAAUCAGCACGAAGAUUCCAGACACAAAAGGAUGCAGAACGUGUUCAGUGGCUCAUAACGCUCAGAACGGCUGUGUGUUUCUGUGCUGUGCGCUGGAGUCCAGCGUGGUUCUGCUGCAGUGGUACGAGCCCAUGCACAAGUUCAUGCUGAUCAAGCAAUUUGACUUCCCUCUGCCGACGCCGCUGCGUCUGUUUGAGAUGAUGGUGGUUCCUGAUCAGGAAUAUCCUCAGGUUUAUAUCCGGGUGAGCAGAGGAUCCGGGCCUUGA